AUGCUUGCUUCAUACACCCCCCUCCUCACUUUAGUUAUGGUCACUCUGGCCCAAGCAUCCGUAACUUGUGUAAAAGUUGGAGCAACGGCAAAAGCUACAUGGACCAACUCGGCUGCAAAGACUUGUACAUGGACAGGGACUGUUGGGGGUAACUUUGGAACGAACACUGCUGGAGACUGUAAUGGACGAUGUGGCGCAGGGUGUACUGGAACUGCUCUUGGCAAUUACUACACACAAGAUUGUUGGAACCACGAUAUAUGUUCAUACUUCAACAAUGCCUCCGGCGGGGCAAGUGAUUCCAAUUGCGGUUCGGCAUUUACUGCCGCGGAAGAUGACUAUCUUACUGGUGGAAUUGAUGGUUGUACUCAGACAAACCCCAGCAACUCGGCUGUUGUCCCUUCUACAAAACCUAUUUGCGCCUGA